UUUUCUGUUCCCUAUCAAUCAAUCUGGGACGCAAAGAAAAAAUGCCUAGGGCUAAAGCUAGGGACACAGCCAGGCCAGUGGAGUUUAUUUGGCAGGGAAUAGAUGGCCGGGGCCAAGGAAGAUGCAAAUCUACAAGAGGAAAAAAUAUGUCCGCGUUUUGGGCGGAGAAGGAUUCUGGAAAAUAAAGGGCGAGAGCUAGAUGAGAGGCCCCAGCGUUAUCCCCAUCAGUAGAAGUGCGAAUGGGGAAGGGAAGGGCAUCUAUUCCUUGCUUGCUUGACUGUUGUGGGCAGGAUUUUAGAACCAUCUCAAAUUAAAGAGACAUAUUUACACAUUAACAGUAAUAAUACUGGAAUACAAUGUACAUACACAUUGGAUGAACUAGGCGUGUAUAUGCACUUCAUUAAGCUGACAGUUUGUUAUCCCGCGCGGCUAGCUAGCGAAUCCGUAGCAAACGCCGCUGAUAAAUAUGGCACUUCUGCUAGCUACGUUUGAGUAAAUGUGGUCAACCUACGUUUAAAACAAGGAUGCUUCAGUGGGUGUCUCGGUCGUAGAGGGGGUGAUGCAUAUUAUAGUUGACAUAAGUUUGAGGUUGUUUUCGAAAAUAUUGUCAAAUAAAACGGAAAUGUAUUAGCUAACGUUACUGACCUAGCUGCGUUCGCUGUUUUCGUAAAUGACCUACUAUAGCUACAGCGUGCUAUUUCAUCCAGCGACCGUACAAUCUGGAUAUGAAGAGGUAAACAUUUUCUAUGUAGCUAACGUUCUCAAAAAUUGAAUUUUCUCGACUGAAUUCUCACUCGACCGUCUUCCUACACAUGGCUUACAGCUGAUCCUUACUUGCUAACUAACCACCUACAAACUAGCUUUGUUGCCGCCAGCACGGUAAUGAGAAAAGCAAGUCAGUUCAACAUGGUGGGUGUGUAAACAUUAAUUAUGAUAGACGGAUAUGUUUGACCUUCAUCGCUUUCUUGUCAAUUCGCUACAUUGUAUGGUAUGUUGCUGAACACAAGUUAAACGUGAACAAAACAUUCGAAUGGAAGUGAAUAAACUUGAUACAUUGUGUUCCCCUAAUCAUCAAAGGCCUUUCAUCUGGAUGGAGACAUGAGAUGAAUGCAUGUUGUCCCAUUCUCUUUGAACACAGACGGUACAGUCAAAUAGGCAGCUGGAUUAUAUAGUUUUUAUGGUAUUGAAGUAAAGUAGAAGACCACCUCUGUCAGAGCAAUCAAGCUUUGCAAUGCUCCAUUCAUAGAAAUAUGGACAUUUAGCCAAGUAUAAAAGUGGAAUGUUAUGGUAUUUAGACUAUCACAACGAUCAAAUGUUUAUAGCAUUUGUUCUGUCAGAAGGAAAAACUAUUUACAUGAACCAUUCAAAUAGAUUUUCACUGAAGCGCAACAACUUUCUCCCACCACAACCCUACUCUAUUCACAAUACAAUAUCAGUACUACCAUUGUAAUUAGAAGUCAGUUUUUCGUAUUUGCCCUGCAUUAGUAUAAUCAUAAUUCAUCAUCAUUGAUACAGUAAUAGUCUUUACUUCUCAAAAAUGUGUGGGUUUAUGUCUCUUUCUAGGUCCGCCAACUCUCCACAUCCUUAUAAUGCUUCAGUGUUUGUGGCGUCUGCAGUAAAUAUGAUGGCUGCCCAAUCAGUUUCCAUGGACAAGUACACAAAGAGAGAGCAGCAGGGUGUGGAGCAGAAGGAGAGUGAUGCUGAUCAUGAUCAGAAGUUCAGUGAGGAGAGGUUGGCUGCAGCCUCCAGUCCUGCCCCCACUGAACCCCAGACACCCUUUGAUGUAGAUAAGGCCUCCAUAUACCGGCAUCCCUUGUUUCCUCUCCUGGCCCUGCUCUUUGAGAAAUGUGAGCAGUCGACACAGGGCUCAGACUGCAUCACAUCAGCCAGCUUUGACGUGGAUAUCGAAAACUUUGUCUGCAGCCAGGAGAAAGAGGGCAAAGCAUUCUUCAGCGAGGAUCCUGACCUCGACAAUCUGAUGGUGAAGGCCAUCCAGGUGCUGCGGAUCCACCUGCUAGAGCUGGAGAAGGUGAGUGACCUUUGUAAAGACUUCUGCAGCCGCUACAUCGCCUGCCUCAAGACCAAGAUGAACAGCGAGACCAUGCUGAGUGGAGAGCUUGGCAGCCCCUACUCACCUGGACAGGGCUACUCUCCCACCAAGACCCAGACCUCCAGCUCUUUCAAAGGAACCCUCAGUCCCCAGGGGAUUGUGGUGGCAGCGUCAGCCCUGCGGCAAGGCAACGUAACAGUCAACCCCAUACAGGUUAUGGCAGGUGGCGCAGUGUACCAGCCUGUCACAGUAGUCAACUCACAGGGUCAGUUGGUGUCACAGACGCCCUCUCCCCAGACUAUACACAUUCAGAACACACAGCUUCAGCUGCAGCUAAACCAGGACCUGAGCUUCUUCGGCCACAACGACAGCUCGUCCAAGAACAAGCGUGGCGUCCUUCCCAAACAAGCGACCAACGUCAUGCGCUCCUGGCUCUUCCAGCACAUCGGGCACCCAUACCCCACAGAGGAUGAGAAGAAACAGAUCGCUACCCAAACUAACCUGAGCCUCCUCCAGGUCAACAACUGGUUCAUCAAUGCGCGGAGGCGGAUCCUGCAGCCCAUGCUUGACGCCAGCUCUUCGGAGACGGCCAAAACCAAGAAACCGCUUCCGAACCGGCCGCUACAGCGUUUCUGGCCUGACUCCAUCGCCACGGGGAUGACCCAACAACAGGUCCAGAUGGCAGACGGCACCUUGGUGACAAUGAGUGUGGAGGGUCUCCAGAGCCUGACUUCAGACGGCGCCACGCUGGCCGUGCAGCAAGUGAUAAUCGGCGGGCACAGUGAAGACGAAUCAGGAGACAGCAGGGACGAUGAUGAGAUGACUGGGCUGGGCCUGGACAACAGUGACUCCCUGCAGUAGGACACACACAGGCGUACUGUAUACAAUCACCACAGGAGGCUGCUGAGGGGAGGACUGCUCAAUAAAUGGCUGGAAUGGAGAAAAUGGAAUGGUAUCAAACACCUGCAAACUAGGCUAAUUUAUUUGAUACAAUUCCACUGAUUCCGCUCCAGUCAUUACCAGAAGCCCGUUCACCCCAAUUAAGUUGCCACCAACUUCCUGUGACUCACACACACUCAAAAACAAACGUAUGCUGCGUUGAAAAUAUGGUAAUUCAGGCCUUCCACAACAAACACAUGUAUGCAGACUGAUAUUGAAUGAUGUAGGCUGCUAAUGAAGUGUGCACACACACACUAGCACAAAAUCAGAUCAAUGUUAUGCAAAAAAAAACUAUAAUGGCGGCUCAGAUCAUGUAUGUACUGUGGAUAGACUGAUAUUGCAUUGCACGUGCACACACACUAAAUCAGUUUACACAGCACAAAACAAGAUAUACGGGAGCACUCCUGAUGUCCAUUUAUUGAACGGAGUGCGCUGUGUGUGAGAAGUUUCAUUUCAGAAACUGUUUUUCACUACGUAGUCUGUAGGCGAGUGCACCUUUUUUGUAUAAUAUAAUUCUACGCUCCAAAAGACAAAGAGAACGGACGCAGCCAAAACAAAUCAUGAAGUGUUGAAAGAAAUUACAUUUGUCCUCUCCGUUAAUAAAUGUUGAAUGAUUAUUUUUCCAUUUAA